GACCCGCCGCGCACUCCUCGCCAUGGCGGCUCCCAGGCGACUUCUGAUCCGCGGCGGCCGCGUGGUCAACGACGACGCCUCGCAGGUGGCAGACGUGCUGGUGGAGGACGGCGUGGUGCGGGCGCUCGGGCACGACCUGCUGCCGGCGGGAGGUGCGCCCGCGGGGCUGCGGGUCCUCGACGCCACUGGAAAACUCGUUCUGCCCGGGGGCAUCGACACGCACACGCACAUGCAGUUCCCCUUCAUGGGCUCCCAAUCUGUGGACGAUUUCCACCAGGGCACCAAGGCUGCUCUGGCAGGAGGCACCACCAUGAUCAUCGAUUUUGCCAUUCCUCCGAAAGGGGGCUCCCUCAUCGAGGCCUUCGAGACCUGGCGCAGCUGGGCUGACCCCAAAGUGUGCUGUGACUACAGCCUCCAUGUGGCGGUGACAUGGUGGAGUGACCAGGUGAAGGAGGAAAUGAAGGUCUUAACGGAAGAGAAAGGUGUUAACUCUUUCAAGAUGUUUAUGGCCUAUAAGGAUCUGUACAUGGUGAACGACGUGGAGCUGUAUGCAGCCUUCUCUCGGUGCAAGGAAAUCGGAGCGAUUGCUCAGGUCCACGCCGAAAACGGAGACUUAAUCGCUGAGGGAGCAAAGAAUAUGCUGGCUUUGGGAAUAACAGGCCCGGAGGGCCAUGAGCUGUGCCGGCCAGAAGCAGUGGAGGCAGAAGCCACGCUGAGAGCCAUCACCAUCGCCAGCGCCGUGAACUGCCCCCUGUACAUUGUGCAUGUGAUGAGCAAGUCUGCAGCCAAGGUCGUGGCCGAUGCGAGGAGAGAUGGGAAGGUGGUCUAUGGAGAACCGAUAGCAGCAAGUCUCGGCACCGAUGGCACUCACUACUGGAGUGAAGAUUGGCACCAUGCAGCCCACUACGUCAUGGGACCGCCCCUGAGACCAGACCCAUCCACGCCCAGCUUCCUCAUGAACUUAUUGGCUAAUGAUGAUCUAAACACAACCGGAACUGACCACUGCACGUUCAACACCUGCCAGAAGGCUCUUGGGAAGGAUGAUUUUACUAAAAUUCCCAACGGAGUGAAUGGUGUUGAAGACCGGAUGUCAGUAAUCUGGGAGAAAGGCGUGCACAGUGGCAAAAUGGAUGAAAACCGAUUUGUAGCAGUUACCAGCACCAAUGCAGCCAAAAUCUUUAAUCUCUAUCCAAGAAAAGGCAGAAUAGCUAUUGGAUCGGAUGCCGACAUUGUGAUUUGGGACCCAAAAGCCACAAGAACGAUUUCAGCAAAAACACAUCAUCAGGCUGUCAACUUCAACAUCUUUGAGGGCAUGGUGUGCCAUGGGGUGCCCCUUGUAACUAUUUCAAGAGGCAAAGUGGUGUAUGAAGCUGGGGUGUUCAACGUCAGGGCAGGUGAUGGGAAGUUUAUUCCUCGCAAACCAUUUACAGAAUAUAUUUACAAACGAAUCAAGCAGCGAGACCAGACUUGCAUACCUAUGCCAGUGCAGCGUGCACCCUACAGAGGAGAAGUCAUUACACUGAAAUCCAGAGGAACAGAAGAAUCCAUGCCUGGAACCAGGAAAGAGACCCAUGCCUGA